UAAGUUCACACUUCACACACGUCCUUCCCCAAAAUUUUCUCUGGAAAAAUUGCUGAAAAGAGAAAGGAAAGUAAAAGAAAAGGAAAAAACAAAAGAAAAACAAGAAAGAAGGUCACCACUCAGAGAAAUGUCAAAAGUGCUCUUCACAUCUUUUUCUUGAAAGGCCACCGACAGAAAUAGGCCCAUAAAAAUUGUCUUUGGAACUGGGUUUUGCCCAGAUUUCAGUUAUUUUUUAAGAAAAAGAAUUUUCUUACUUCUUUUUGGGUUGAUUUUAUUAUGGAGGCAAGUUCAGGUGAUCAAGGUGUUCAAAGUAAUUUCAAAGGAAUUCCAACUCAUGGGGGUCGUUAUGUGCAGUAUAAUGUGUAUGGUAAUCUUUUUGAAGUUUCCAAAAAGUAUGUUCCCCUUAGGCCUGUUGGUCGUGGAGCUUAUGGCAUCGUUUGUGCUGCUAUGAACUUGGAAACACGUGAAGAAGUAGCUAUUAAGAAGAUUGGCAAUGCAUUUGAUAAUAGAAUUGAUGCGAAAAGGACACUACGAGAGAUAAAGCUUCUUCGUCACAUGGAUCAUGACAACGUGAUUGCCAUUAAAGAUAUUAUAAGGCCUCCACAAACUGAGAAUUUCAAUGAUGUCUACAUUGUUUCUGAAUUGAUGGACACUGAUCUUCAUCAGAUAAUUCGUUCCAACCAACAGUUGACUGAUGAUCACUGUCGGGUAAUUAUCACAGAGCUCAUAGGAUCACCUGAUGAUGCCAGUCUUGGAUUUCUCCGGAGUGAUAAUGCUCGGAGAUAUGUUAGACAGCUCCCCCAGUAUCCAAGACAACAAUUUGCUGCUAGAUUCCCCAAUUCAUCUCCUGGAGCUGUUGAUUUGCUUGAAAAAAUGCUUGUCUUUGAUCCAAGCAGGCGUGUUACAGUUGAUCAAGCGCUCUGCCACCCCUACUUGGCGCCUCUUCAUGAUAUCAAUGAGGAGCCCAUUUGUCCUAAACCUUUCAGUUUUGACUUUGAGCAGCCAUCUUUCACUGAAGAAAAUAUCAAGGAACUCAUCUGGAGGGAAUCCGUGAAAUUUAAUCCAGAUCCAACUCACUGAGAGACACGCUGUUUUACAAUUUAUGCAGUUAAGAGUUCGGUGACAUAACUUUGUAGAAUACUGUAUCAAACUUUGUAAUGUUCCCCAGUAAAAAUAUAACAAAUGCAGUGGAGGUGAGGUGAGUUCACGGCUCUGAUAUUAGCUUAUGUUAGAUUUGUUCUAUUAAUCUUUCAAGGUGAUCAAUGCUGUACAAAGGAGCUAAAACCAAACUUGAAUGGCAGUCCAUGAUCAGAACAUUUCCAAGUACCAAUUCCAUCUUGACACCAGAUUCUUCUCUGAGUGGUAGGACUAGGAAAUCCUGAGUGAUUACAGCUUGUUAUCCUGAAAAUUUGACCUAUUGCUUUCAAGUAGUUUGACGGUAGAUGUAUGUAUUUUUUAGUUUGGAUGCCCUGUGUGAUUGUAGAUCUGUAUGCCUAUAAACAAGCACCUAGUUUUCUUGA